AAAAAAAAAAAAAAAAAAAAAAAAGUUGAGAAAUUAUGAAGCUCGUUUGGUCACCGGAGAGAGCUUCCAAAGCGUAUAUGGACACAGUCAAAUCCUGCGAGAUUUUCGGCGAAUUCGGCGUCCCGGAGCUUCUCUCCGCCAUGGCCGCCGGUUGGAACGCGAAGCUGAUCGUCGAGACUUGGUCGGACGGCGGUCCGGUAGCCACGAGCGUCGGACUUGCAAUCGCUGCAGGUCACACCGGCGGGCGUCAUCUCUGCAUCGUUGCAGACGAACGGGCGAGAUCGAAGUACGUGAAGGCGAUAAGGGAGGCUGGAGUUGAAUCGCCGCUGGAAGUGGUGGUCGGAGAUGUGGAGGCGUUGGCGGAGAUGAUAGCGGCGGUGGAUUUUCUAGUAGCGGAUUGUAAGGGGAAGGAUUUCGUUAGGGUUUUGAGGGAAGCGAAGCCGAGUGAGAGAGGGGCAGUUUUGGUAUGUAAAAAUGCAUGGGAACGAAACGGUAACGUCUUGGGGUUUAGAUGGCAGGGAGUGCUUCGGAGAGGGACACGUGUCGUUAAGUCGGUUUUUUUGCCGGUCGGUAAAGGAUUGGAAAUUGCUCAUAUUGGAAGCCCCGGUGGCGGUGGCGGUGGUGGUGUCGGUUCGAACUCGGCGGCGAAGGGUGGCCGUUGGAUCAAACGUGUCGACCUACGUUCUGGAGAGGAACACGUGUUUCGUGAAUGAAGUCUUGAUGGGCAAGGCAGCGUGGUAGAGACGUGAAGGAGAGGGAUAGUUUUUUACUCUUUUUUUUCUAUUUCUUUUUCUUUUAUUAAAUAAAGAAGGUUCAUGAAUGUAAAUUACAUGUAUAUACGAUUUUGAAAUAGAAACCAUUAGAAUCUAAACCUAAA